AUGUUGGCCCAACCGGACAACCACCAGGAGAAAAACGGCCCUGACCCCCUCAGCCCCCAUGAUACCGACCCCAGCACGUAUGCUGAAGAUCUCACAGAGAUAAGCACUCUCCAGCGAACCGAGACGAAGCGAAAUAUAAAAUCUCGCCAUGCACAAAUGAUUGCUAUUGGCGGUACCAUCGGUACCGGCUUGUUCGUUGGCAUCGGCCAAGCCCUCGCAACCUCCGGACCUGUCAGUGUUCUCCUAGCCUACUCCCUCAUAUGCGUCGCCGUGUACGGCAUGAUUACCGCAACAACUGAAGUCAGCGCCUACUUGCCAGUAGCUGGAUCGUCAAUGGCCUACUACGGCUCUCGCUUCGUCUCCAGGAGCCUUGGCUUUGCUAUGGGAUGUCUUUACUUUUACUCCUUUGGCAUUCUUGUUGCCUAUGAAAUCACUGCCGCUGCCUUGGUCAUUGAGUACUGGCCAAACGCGGCACCUACUGCCGCGUGGAUCACCAUUAUGCUUGUUGUCAUUGUUGCUCUCAACCUAUCGCCAGUGGGAGUCUACGCCGAGACAGAAUUCUGGUUCGCGUCUGUCAAGGUAAUCAUGCUUGUUGGACUCUUAAUCCUAUCAGUAGUGCUCUGCCUCGGCGGAGGACCUUCACACGAUAGGCUUGGUUUCCGGUACUGGAAACACGGCGCAAUGAACGAGUAUCUGGCACAUGGUGACGCUGGUCGCUUCUGGGGGUUUCUCUACGCUUUGACAUUCUCAGUCUUUUCCUUCAACUUUGGGCCAGAGUUGAUCGUGCUGACUAGUGGAGAGAUGAGAGCACCUAGAAAGAACUUGCCUCGCGCAGCCAAGACAUUUAUUUGGCGCCUGAUCGCCUUCUACAUCCUGGGGUCAUUUGCAAUUGGCAUUAUCUGCCGUAGUGAUGCUCCAGGCCUCACAAGCGGAGGACAUGGUGCUGCAGCUUCCCCUUGGGUCAUUGCGAUCAAAACCGCCGGUGUCGGCAGCCUUGAUAGCGUCAUCAAUGCCGGCAUUAUCAUAUCAGCAUGGUCCUCGGGUAAUUCUUAUCUUUAUAUGUCAAGCCGGUCUCUAUACUCUCUGUCAAAGUCAGGAAGCGCACCAAAGAUCUUCCAGCGAUGCACCAGUUGGGGACUCCCUAUCUAUGCGGUAGUAGCAAGCUCCAUCUUUGGGCUACUUGCCUAUCUGAACGUUUCCUCUUCAUCAUCCGAGGUGUUCAACUGGUUCAUCAACCUUACGAACACGGCUGGUUUUACGUCUUGGAUCUGCUGCAGUAUCAUUUUGUUGAGGUUCCGAAAGGCAUGCAAGGCCCAGGGCGUGACAGACUUGCCGUUCCAGUCAAGACUCCAGCCAUACGCAGCAUACAGUUGUCUGGUAUUCUUGUCCAUAUUGAUGCUGCUGAAUGGAUUCUCAGUCUUCUUCCCUGGACAAUGGUCGGCAGCUUCAUUCUUGACAGCCUACAUCGGUAUUCCGAUCUUCCUGACGCUCUAUUUUGGUCACAGGCUCUGGCACAAGCAGGACUCAUGGGUAAAGGCACCUUCGGAUGUCGACUUGCACUCUGGCUUGGAUGAAAUCCUUGUGUUUGAGGACAUGGACGGCGUAGAAAUGGGAGAUGAUAAAGGAGAUUUUAUUCACCGAGUGUGGAACAAGAUUCGUAGUUGA